AUGAGCGAAACAGAUCAUCCUCAACUCCAGCGUAAGCUUGGAGCACGACAUUUAAACAUGAUCGCCAUUGGCGGUUCUAUUGGUACAGGGUUAUUCCUUGCUUCUGGUCAAACGAUUGCCACUGCUGGACCUGGUGGUGCAUUACUUGCUUAUGUUCUGAUUGGUAUCAUGAUUUAUUUCUUGAUGACCAGUUUAGGUGAACUUGCAACCCACAAUCCAACAUCAGGUGCAUUUUUUACCUAUGGUAAUAAGUAUGUAGAAGAAGGUUUUGGUUUCGCACUCGGUUGGAACUAUUGGUAUAACUGGGCCAUUACCGUAGCAUUUGAAUUGGUUGCCGUUCAAUUCAUCAUGAAGUUUUGGUUUCCAGACAUCCCCGGCUUUUGGUGGAGUGCGCUAUUCCUUGCGAUUAUCUUCUGUAUCAAUGCCUUAACUGUAAAAGGCUUUGGUGAAAGUGAAUUUUUAUUUUCACUGGUUAAAGUCAUUGCCAUCAUCUUCUUUAUUGUCAUUGGCUUAUUCAUGAUUGGUAAAAUCAUGUUAGAUCCAACAGAUUCCAUUACCAAGAAUUGGACCGUUGGUGAAGCGCCAUUUGUAGGUGGCUUUCAAGCCUUAGUCGGUGUUGCCAUGAUCGCUGGAUUCUCGUUCCAAGGGACGGAGAUGGUCGGUGUCGCUGCAGGUGAAUCUAAGGAUCCGAAAAAAACCAUUCCAAUCGCCAUUAAACAAAUCUUUUGGCGUAUUCUUUUAUUUUAUAUCUUGUGUAUCUUUAUCAUUGGUACAUUGGUUGCGUAUACAGAUCCAAACCUUGCACUUGCUGCGGAAGGUGAUGGAAACAUUACCCUGUCACCAUUUACUCUGUUAUAUGAAAAAGCAGGUUUAGCAUUUGCAGCAGGCUUAAUGAAUGCCGUGAUUUUGACUGCAAUUAUGUCUGCAGGUAACUCAGGCAUGUAUUCAUCAACACGUAUGUUGUUUGAUAUGGCACGUGAAGGUAAAGCGCCACGAGUUUUCUCUAAACUCGAUCUUCGCGGUGUACCCAUGAAUGCACUGUAUGCAACAACGGCAAUUGCGGCACUGUGUUUCUUAACCACCUUUAUUGGUGAAAGUAUGUGCGGUUUUAUUGUCUGGUUAGGUAUCGCAAUCUCACAUUAUCGCUUCCGUAAAGGUUAUUUAGCUCAAGGCUAUAAACUUGAAGAUCUCGCUUAUCGUGCAAAAUUCUUCCCUUUUGGUCCGUGGUUUGCCUUUAUUCUUUGUGCCAUCAUUAUUCUUGGCCAAAAUGCAGAAGCUGUGCUUGAUGGAAAAUGGAUGAGUGUGUUGUCUACGUAUAUUAGUAUUCCGCUGUUUCUUGUUAUCUGGCUUGGCUAUAAGUGGAAACACAAAUCUAAAUUGAUCGCUUAUGAUCAGAUGGAUGUACAACCCAUUCAAGUCGAAAAAGAGUAA